AUGAGUCCCGGCAUCGUCCCAUCCAAGAACAAGGGCCCCAAGGCCUGCACGACAUGCGCCAAGGCAAAGGCCAGAUGCGUCCCGGGCCCUGAAGGGAGCCUCAAGUGCGACAGGUGUCACCGGCUGGACAAGACAUGUAUGUCCCAGACUCCGGCUCCGCCCCGGCCCCGGAAGAGCCCCAAGUUGUCAAAGAUUGCCGCUCUGGAGAAGCGUCUGGAGGAGCUGUCGUCCCAUGUACGGCACGACUCUUCGAGCAGAUCCCCCACACCGUCCCCCGAGGCUGAGACGGAGCCAGCGUCGGAGCUCUGCAGCAAGACUGACAGCAGCUGGGACUUUAACCACAUUUUUCCUCUGAAGCAGAGUUCUGAUAGUCAAACACCCCAUCCACCAGCGUCAGAACCAGGCAAGCGGCGGCCAUGGGACUCAUGGUGGCCUACGCCACACGAGGCCGAGCUACUGCUGGCAGGCUAUAGGAACAUCCACGCGUGUCUAUUCCCCUUUGUGAGAGUACCAGAGCAUCUCACGGCGUUGGAGGUGAGAGAGAACAGGCCGUUUAUGUGGAAGGCCAUCAUGAUGGUGGGGUGCUUCCUCGAUGGGGCAAGACAGGUCAAACUGGGUGAGGAGCUGUUGGCCGAGAUUGGCCGGGCGGCGGUUGUGGACGGGCUGAAGAGCCUGGAUCUGCUGCAUGGGCUGCAGAUGUUGGUAGCAUGGUUUCACUAUGCACUCAAGGGCUCGCAGGUUACGAAUCUGCUCUUCCUCGCUCGGUCCAUGUGCGUCAACUUGACUUUCAAGGAGGAUGCUAGCUUGCAAGGGGAAGCUAUGGAGCAGAACCUCGAUCAUAUGAGAGCAUAUGCCGGGACAUAUUAUCUCAACACUUUGGUGUUUACGGCAAACAAGAGACCGGAUGUUCUCAUGAACACUAGUUCCUUAGAGACGUGCUGCAAGGCGCUCGAGGCAAAUAUGCAGUAUCCGUCUGAUGAGUAUUUGUCUAUAUCUCUCACCAUGACUGUCGAAAAUAUUGGCCAACAUGCUAUGAAGCUACCGUUAACAAUGGUGGUGCGCUCAUUCCAGGACCAGCUUGAUCAGUACAGGAAUUCUCUUGGGCCACGCUUUUCCGGCAAUGAUAAUCUCAAGUCACAUAUUCAUGUGGCCGAGGUUCUCCUCUACGAGAUUGCCCUCUCGGAUCAACACUCCACAGCCUCAUAUAUGCCCUUGACCGACCGCCUCCAACUCCUCUGGGGCUGCCUCAGAUCGCUCAAGUCCUUUUUCGACCUCCGCUUCUCACAUCGUGAGCUCGAAAGACCGCGGUUCCUGUGCAUGAGCGCGUCUGAUUUUGUCUAUACUAUCAUCACGGGUAUCAAGCUCAUGACCCUGCAACUGCCUGGAUGGAACCUCGCCAGCAUUCACAACGAGCUCGACAUGACCGAGGUGAUGGACCAGCAGGUUCGUGAUCUGGUGGUCAUCGUCGCGCGGCGCAAGCAGGGCAAUAUGCUAGGCACGGCGACUCCCUUGGGUGUUCCAGCGCCGCAGCCCCCCGAGGAUCCGUUCGAGAGACUACUGCGGCAACUCAAGACGCUGAGGGACCUGGUCAAGGUGGAGCUGAAGCGGCUUGUAGCCGGGACUGCAAACCCUCAGGUCAUCGAGUUUAGCCAAGACAUUUUGAUGGGUGAUUUCAGCAGUGAUUUCUGGCAGGGAUCUACGCAGGGGUUUAAUGUUUGGAAUAUUGUGGGGGAUCCGGGCGUGUUGGAUGAGUCUUUGCAAUGA